AUGCUGCCGUUCAUAAACACACCGUUUAAUCUGCUCGCCGGAGCCGUCGGCGCCUCUACAGACGAACUCAAGCUCAUCUUCAGCUUCCUGAUCUCAUACCCGCUUGCCGGCCUCCUCAAGCGCAUACCCGACUCCCGUCCCGAAUACAAAAAUGCCUUCAUCAUCACCUGCUCCGCCUUCUACCUCGUGGGCUUGUUCGACCUGUGGUCUGGAUUGCGCACCAUCGUGCUGGCGGGCAGCGGCACCUAUGCGCUCGCUUACUACCUGCGAACUAGCCCCUACAUGCCAUGGAUCGGUUUCGUGGGCCUCAUGAGCCACAUGGCGGCGAAUCAGCUCUCGCGCCAGUUCUCCAACGCGCCCUCGACUGUGGACAUCACGGGCGCGCAGAUGGUCCUGGUGAUGAAGCUGAGCGCCUUCUGCUGGAACGUGGCCGACGGUGUGCUGCCCGACGACCAGCUGUCCGAGUUCCAGAAGGAUAGGCGAAUCGUCGAGCUGCCGAGUCUUCUUGACUACGCGGGCUACAUCCUCUUUUUCCCGUCGCUCAUGGCCGGCCCGUCGUUCGACUACAACGAGUACAAACGCUGGAUUGAGACCAGCAUGUUCGACGUACCACCAUCGGUAGAUGCUUCCAAGAAGCCUCCCACGCGCAAGAAGCGUCGCAUCCCUCGCAGUGCCACGCCUGCCAUGUGGAAAGCAGCCGGCGGCCUUCUUUGGAUCGGCUUGUUUCUCAACUUCAACUCUUGGUUCGACUGGACGUUCAUGCUCGACUCGGACUUCAUGCAAUACUCGUUCGUCCGCCGGGUGUUCUACCUGCACAUGGUGGGCUUCACCGCGCGCCUCAAGUACUAUGGCGUGUGGUCGCUGACUGAAGGCGCUUGCAUCUUGGCUGGAUUGGGCUACAAAGGCGUCGACCCCGUUACGGGCAAGGUGAGCUGGGACCGACUGCAGAACAUCAACCCCUGGGGCGUCGAGGCGGCCCAGAACAGCCGAGCCUACCUGGAAAACUGGAACAUGAACACCAAUAAGUGGCUACGGUACUACAUCUAUUUGCGCGUCACCCCACGUGGCAGGAAGCCCGGGUUCCGCGCCAGCUUGGCUACCUUUGGGACCAGUGCCUUCUGGCAUGGAUUCUACCCGGGUUACUAUCUGACCUUUAUACUUGCGAGUUUCGUGCAGACUGCCGCCAAGCAUUACCGCCGCAACCUACGCCCCUUCUUCCUCGACCCCGUAACCCAAAACCCCCUCCCCUCUAAGAAAUACUACGACAUCGCCUCGUGGCUCGCCACCCAGGUCACCUUCUCAUUUGUGGUGACCCCCUUCGUGAUCCUCGGCUUCAACGACUCCAUUACGGUCUGGGGGCGCGUCUAUUUCUACGCCAUUGUUAGCACGGCCGCCAGUUUGGCCUUCUUUGCCAGCCCAGGCAAGAAGUGGAUGCGCGGUGUGCUGGAGCGCCGUGCCAACGAAGCGGGCGCGCGGUUUAUGCGCAGCUCGAGCACCGAGAGCUUGACGGCGGGUGGGCAGAAGCAGGAGCCCAUUUUGGGUUUGAGUCAGGACCCAGGACAUGAUAUUGAUGAGAUGGUGGGAAAGAUCAAAAUGGAGGUCGAUAGGGUCAAGAAGGAGCAGGAGAGGAGAAAGAAUGGGGCGGAGAAGAAGAUGAUAUAA